AGAUUAUAAGGUUACAACUACUUAAAGCUGUCGCCGAAUCAUAAACUUGAGCUCUACACUUCUGUCUGUAUUUUAAUAUUUUUGAAACCCAAACACAAGAGAGAAACCGCAAUCAAAUUUUGAAGGAACCCGGUUUCUCCUCAAUUAUUCGAAAUGGUAGGACUUUCAAAUGGGGAAAAGAAUUUUAUACAGGGCGGAAUCAGUCAAAACCUUCGUUGUGAUGGUCGAAAACGAUAUGAUUAUCGACCCAUUUUUGUCGAAACUGGAGUCAUUCCUCAGGCAAAUGGCUCGGCGCGAGUCAGGAUUGGUGCAACUGAGGUUAUUGCUAGUGUGAAGGCUGAACUUGGAAGGCCAAGUGUAUUGCAUCCUGACAAGGGAAAAGUUUCUAUAUAUGUUGAUUGUAGUGCAGUUGCAGAACCAAUGUUUGAGGGAAGAGGGGGCGAGGAGCUGUCAGCAGAACUUUCCGCAGCACUUGAACGUUGUCUUUUGGGUGGUAAAAGUGGAGAAGGGGCUGGAAUUGAUCUAGCAUCUCUGUUAGUUGCAGAAGGAAAAAUCUGUUGGGAUCUUUACGUUGAUGGCCUUGUCAUCAGUUCUGAUGGAAAUCUUCUAGAUGCUCUAGGUGCUGCAAUUAAGGCUGCCUUAAGCAAUACUGGCAUACCAAAAGUCAAUGUGGCAGCCGGGGGAUCUGGUGAUGAGCAACCAGAGGUUGACAUAAGCGAUGAAGAGUUUCUUCAGUUUGACACAUCGGCAGUUCCUGUUAUAGUUACAUUACUGAAGGUGGGGAGGCACUAUAUUGUUGAUGCAACUUCAGAAGAGGAGUCACAUAUGAGCUCUGCCAUUUCUGUUUCGAUUAACAGGAGAGGGCACAUUUGUGGGCUGACGAAACGAGGAGGUGCAGGUAUCGAUCCGAGCAUAAUUUCUGACAUCAUAUCUGUCGCUAAACAUAUCAGUGAGCAGCUAAUUGAUAAACUGGAUUCUGAAAUAUCUGCUGCUGAGGCUGGUGAAGAUGAACAAUGACAAAUUUAACACAUGAACGUUUUUUGCAAGCUUAAUUACAGCAUUGCUCUUCAGGCACCGUAGCUUGAUGAAGAUAGAAUAGGGCUUAAAAUGUGUUGUACAUUAUUUUGGUGCAUCUCAACAUAUCAUUAAUUAUAAUUUAUUUUUGAAAGUUAAACAAUUCCUUUA